CCCCACCCACAAGGGAUGGAAAGAAGCUGGAAAGCAACCAAUCACAAACAGCAGCACGAGUUACUUUUCUAGCAAGUAACGGGGAGGGGGAAUUGCUUUUCAUAAGUAACUUUCCAAGCUCUGUGCAAAACUCCCAUCCUGAGUACCGUGAAGGGAGCAGAGGUCUUGACCCCCGACCUCUGUGGGUUCCUUCCAGACGACCCUCCCAAGGGCUGAAAGGACAUCUCAAGGGGGCUCGCGAGGUCUCCCCAGAGCUGGGCAGCGUUUCUUCUCUCGACAACAGAUCCCAGAAUCCCCCCAGGCAAAGCCGCCAGCCUUCCCCUUCCCACCUACUUUUACGGCACAGGGGAGACUUCUGAGCAUCGCCAAAGGAUAUGGAAAUGUAAUCCAUUUCUCUGGGACCCCCGCCCUGUGGUCACUCUUUGGUUACCCAGUGGGCAACCCUCUGGAUCCUUAAGAGGGUGAUGGCGACACCACCGUCAGAUACACCGCGGGAUUUUACCCCGCUUAUAAAACGGGUACAUUCGGAGCAUCUUUUUUUUUAAGCUGCUUGCAUGAGGCGCCAGGGCUGCUUCGCAUCGGUCCCGCUUCUUCUCUGCCUCCGUUUUCCCUUCGCCCGGAGGACUCCGUGGGGCUUCUUCGUUGGCCUCUUUCCAGGCUGGGGAAGGGCUUCAGGGAACUGGCCAAGAGGGAGGCGGACCAGGGCACCUGACCAGAUUUUUAUCAACAAUGAAUGGCAAAACUCAGAGAGUGGGAAAAUCUUCCCUGUCUACAACCCAGCGACAGGAGAGCAGCUUUGCGAAGUGCAAGAAGCGGACAAGGCCGAUACAGACAAAGCCGUCAGGGCAGCCCGCCUGGCCUGCACCCUGGGCUCCGUCUGGAGGACGAUGGACGCCUCCCAGCGCGGUCGCCUCCUGGACAAGCUCGCCAACCUGGUGGAAAGAGACAGAGCCCUGCUGGCUACCCUGGAGUCCCUCAACAGCGGGAAGCCCUUCCUGCAGGCUUUCUACGUCGACCUCCAGGGCGUCAUCAAGACUCUGCGGUAUUAUUCCGGUUGGGCCGACAAGAUCCACGGCGUGACCAUUCCUGUGGACGGAGAUUAUUUCACCUUUACGAGACAUGAGCCCGUCGGUGUGUGCGGACAGAUCAUCCCGUGGAACUUCCCCCUGCUGAUGUUUGCCUGGAAGAUUGCCCCGGCCCUCUGCUGCGGCAACACCGUGGUGAUCAAGCCGGCCGAGCAAACCCCGCUCACCGCUCUCCACAUGGGGGCCCUGAUCAAGGAGGCCGGGUUCCCACCAGGAGUGGUCAAUAUUCUGCCGGGAUUUGGACCCACAGCCGGGGCGGCAAUCGCUUCUCAUCCGGGGAUCGACAAGGUGGCCUUCACUGGAUCCACUGAGGUUGGGAAGCUGGUCCAAGAAGCCGCCGGAAGGAGCAACUUGAAGAGGGUGACCCUGGAACUCGGGGGGAAGAGCCCCAACAUUAUAUUUGCAGACGCAGAUUUGGACUACGCGGUGGAGCAGGCCCACCAGGGCGUCUUCUUCAACCAAGGCCAGUGCUGCACGGCCGGCUCGCGGAUCUACGUGGAGGAGCCCAUCUACGAGGAGUUCGUCCGGCGGAGCGUCGAGCGGGCCAAGCGGAGGGUGGUGGGCAGCCCUUUCGACCCCUCCACGGAACAAGGUCCCCAGAUUGACAAGAAACAAUACAACAAGAUCCUGGAGCUGAUCCAGAGCGGGAUCACGGAAGGCGCCCGGCUGGAGUGUGGCGGGAAAGGCCUGGGCCAGAAAGGCUUCUUCAUCGAGCCCACCGUCUUCUCCAACGUGACGGACGACAUGCGCAUUGCCAAGGAAGAGAUUUUCGGGCCUGUCCAAGAAAUUCUGCGCUUUAAAACCAUGGACGAAGUCAUCGAAAGAGCGAACAAUUCCGACUUUGGGCUGGUGGCCGCCGUCUUCACCAACGACCUCAACAAGGCCUUGACCGUCUCCUCAGCAAUGCAGGCAGGGACAGUCUGGAUCAAUUGCUACAACGCUUUAAACGCCCAGAGCCCUUUUGGGGGAUUCAAAAUGUCAGGAAAUGGAAGAGAAAUGGGCGAGUGUGGACUGCGGGAAUAUUCGGAAGUGAAGACAGUGACCAUAAAGAUUCCCCAGAAGAAUUCGUAAAGGGACCUGGAACGGGCCCGGCCCUGGCAGCCCACCAAGGGACCCUCUGUGUGCCUCGACGACGGGGAAUCGCACUCAGGAAUUGUCAAGAAGUUACACCAAUCUUUAAACAACAACAACAACAAACACCAGCAUUUCAACCUGGGUCGUCACCACUCCACUUCCUGGCCACCCACAGCUCCUCUCUAAUCCCUUCCCGUAGAAAACUGUGAUCAGGACCGGUCUGUACAGCCUCUCGCUCGCUCGUGUGCCCCCUGCAUGUGGGCACAGGCGUGUUUUCCCGCCCUGACGAGAAAGACUCUUGCAGAACAACCUUCUCAACCAGGAGGGCCUUGAUUUCGAUUCUUCUCUAGGUGGUGGGCUCUGCUGCAAAAAGGACUGGGGCGGGUAUAAGCCGUGGGCUCAGCAUCGCAGGGCACAGGCAACGUCCCUGGCUACCUUGACCGGGGAUUCUUCAAGGCAUGACAGAAUCCCGAAAGGCUCUCUGCUUCCUUUUCUUUUGAAUUACGUUUCUAGUUCUCAUCGUUUCAGAGAAAUGUGGACAAGCAGGCUGCUUGAAGAGUUAGAACUGCAAAGGCGCCACCAGGACUGUUCUAUCUGUUGUGUCUUUGUGGUUCCCCGUCUCACUUUUGAACGAAAUAGCCCCAGGGCACCGUGUCCCUCCUGCACACCACAUUGCUGGGCAGGAAGGCUGCAGCUAAGGGACAGGGAAGAGGCCAGCCUUUGCCACUGGUGUCCUCUGCCACUGCCACCCCCAUCUCUCUCCUCCCCCCACCUUGCCGCUGAUGGCUGGGAAGAAGAUGAUGGAAGGGUAGUACUGAAUCCUGUAAUGGAAACAAGCCAAAGGGGGCAGAGAAUGACAAGGGGCCCUCCACAUACAUACAU